UUUAAAACGCUUUAUAAACGCACUUCCCAUAGAACUUGCGAAGGUUUUUGUUUAGUUUAAUUGGAACUCUCCCUAUGGAAAAUGUUAAGGGAAACGUGUGGGGGCGUUUCCCUGCUCCAGACCCCACCUGUCAGGUAAAAACUGCUAGGUGAAGGUGUCCACACUGAUCCAGCGGCGCCAUGCAGUCGCCGGCCACGGAUUCUCCUGUCAGGCCGGGCUUCCACAGGGUGGAGAUCCAGAAUACCACCUGGGAUGUCCCGGACAGGUACUCGGCGCUGCAGGCGAUUGGCUCCGGAGCUUAUGGGACAGUGUGCUCCGCCAUUGACCAGAAGACAAAAGAGAAGGUGGCAAUCAAGAAGUUGUAUCGGCCUUUCCAGUCCCUCAUCCAUGCGAAGCGGGCCUACAGGGAGCUCAGGUUGCUCCGCCAUAUUCAGAAUGACAAUGUGAUCUGCCUUCUUGAUGUCUUUACACCGGACUCCUCCCUGGAGAAAUUCCAAACCUUUUAUAUGGUGAUGCCCUAUGUAGCCAAAGAUCUGGGGCACAUUAUGAAGAACAGUAAAUUAUCCUUUCGCAUCAUCAUAUAUCUUUUUUAUCAACUCCUAAGAGGCCUGAAGUACAUCCACUCUGCUGGGAUAAUACAUCGGGAUCUCAAGCCGAGCAAUCUUGCUGUGGGUGAGAACUGUGAAUUAAAAAUUCUGGAUUUUGGUCUGGCGAGACAAACGGAGAGUGAAAUGACAGGUUAUGUCGUUACACGCUGGUACAGAGCACCUGAGAUCAUUUUCAACUGGAUGCACUACAGUCAGACAGUGGAUGUCUGGUCGGCCGCCUGCAUCCUGGCUGAAAUGAUUACUGGCAAAGUGCUUUUCCCAGGACACGACAGUAUUGAUCAGCUGAAGAAGAUCCUCCAUCUGACAGGAACGCCAGACUCUUCCCUUGUGCAGAAGAUGCAGAGUAAAGAUGCUCAGUCAUAUGUGCAAGGUCUCCCUUCACAGAAGAAGAAGAAUUUUAAAGAAGUGUUUCCAACAAUGAACGAGAAAGCUGUUAGCCUUUUGGAGGGGAUGUUGCUGCUGGAUCCAGAGAAGAGGCUUACGGCCAAGCAGGGACUUGCCCAUCCAUUUCUGACUGAAUACCAUGACCCAGACACAGAACCAGAUUCAGAACCUUACGAUGACUCCUUCGAGAGCCUUGAACUCGACGUUGGAGAAUGGAAGAGUCUCAUCCACAUGGAGAUCAUGACUUUUGACCCCAGUAAUCCAGGGCAGACCGCCAUGUAGGAGUGUUGGGAGGGCUAACUGUGUGAAGUAGAAAGGUCAAGAAAAAGUAAAGAAAA